AUGAACUACCAGAUUCACCAUCCAUGUCAUAUCAACGUCCUCCCAGUUGAGAUACUAUCAUACAUAUUCACCCUGGCUACCCAUGACGUCGUAUCCACUAACAAUGACUACAAACGAAGAUAUGAGGUCCCCUUCAAUCCCGAAAGUGUCACAAUGCCAACUGUACUCGCGUCUGUACACCGCCACUGGAGAAAUAUCGCACUGUCCACCUCGACGCUGUGGUCAAGCCUCGUAAUGAGUCUUGGGCAGGUUGUUCGUGUCAAAGCUGGAACAAAUGUGGAUGAUGAACACGCAUAUACUACUUUCCUUGAUGUGCAGCGCUUGGCCGCUCAUAUCGCGCGGUCACGAAACUCUUCGGUAGACAUCCUUAUUGACACUCGAGAUCCAGAAUGGGACUUUGAAGAGGAUGAGGAAGAAUGUUCAACUCACAAUGCGACGUGCUUCCCAUAUGCCACUUUCAUCCCUCAAAUCCUCGACCUUCUGUUCCCGCAGAUGCAUAGGUGGCGUUCGCUUACUGUCCUCAGCGAUACGUGGGCACCUCUUCGUGUCGCUCUUGAACGUCUCAGUAUGCCCACUCUGACAAAGGGCUCGGGUGCUCCGCACCUUGAGUCUUUAAUCCUCAUGCGAUGCAACGAAUUUUUAGGUCACUUGGACACCUUCUCUCCACACUCCCAACAUAUGUUCGAUGGGAUACCAUUCGCCGCUUUAACGGCCGCGCCUCACCAUGAUCUCUCUGCACAAUCUCACCCCCUUCCGAAGCUCCGAAACCUAACUCUUGUCGGUGUCCACAUGAACUGGAUGCAUUUUUCUCGUUAUACUCUUGGCGCAGCCCUUAAUAAAAGCUGCAUUCAGUCGUUGGAGCUUUCGCAGCACUGCCGUGAAGUUAGGCCGACAUUUGAUGAGUUUACAGGAAUUAUUAAGGCUUGUCCUCUCCUGAGAAAACUCGUGAUCAGGGUCUCUGGGCCAAGAUUUGAUGCGGGGGUUCAACGCAGCGAUCGUCCGGUCUCGCUUCCCCUGCUUGAAGAGAUUCACCUGGGGUAUACCAAUGUCGAAGAUGCUGCCAUGCUUCUCAGUCACAUCCAUGCCCCUAAUCUCAUCAUACUUUCCAUCGAGGAUGCCAAUCACAUCGUCAGUCCUGAUGACGAGGACUCUGGCCCUCUCCUGACUUAUCUCGCAACCGGUUUCCUUGAUUUAUGUGGCGUCUCCACAGAUGGCUCCAGUCAUGGACCGUACAGCUACUACUCGGCCAAAGAUUCCGUUGCCAGGACGAUCAAGACGCCAUUUCCACACCUGGAGCGAUUAUCGCUCAACAGUGUCAUUGCAUGCAUGAUUCCGUUCAGUUUCCUGAUUGCUGCCAUUCCGAAACUGCGUCACCUGUCGCUAUGUCGCACCCCAAAUGCGCUCGCAGCUUUGUUGCCCAUCCAGACUCCUUUUGCAGACGCCUGUACCCGCAUCAUACCUUGCCGUGCCCUUGAGUCGAUCGAAAUAUUUUGCGCUGAAGAACAGACAAAACACAUUCUCGAUUUCGUGUUGCGGGAACGCGAGCAGAGUGGUGCACCACGUGUUUGUAACAUCAACAUACACCUUGAGGUGUGCUCCGCGGAUGCCAGUGAGAUCGGAGGGUACCAAGCUGUAGAAGAUGAUGUGGUUGGGAAUCUGAUCACGUAUGGGGAGUGUGUGUCAGAUGAGGAAGAUCCGUUUGCGCCUGGAGGUGUCUUCAAUGAUCCCGAUUUUGAUGAAGCAUAUCUUUCUUAUCCCCUUGGAUCUAUAUUACUUGUGGCACGUACAUAUCUAUGGCCGCAUGUCAACAUGUCACGCACGAAGGCUUCUCGUAUUACACAGAUCGCAAGUCAGAUACUCACCACUCGAGGAAACCAAGAAACACGCACGGGCUCAACAUCCUUGAUGUCGGGUAUCUUUACCGAUGUCAUUCGUGUGCGGGGCCUCAUGAUCAGGCAAGCCCGAAGCAUUCGACAAAUAACGCAGCCCGGGCGCAGAGUGAAAUAG